AUGGCCAAAUCAAAAAAUAAACAAGUGAGCAGCCCUCAAUUAAAGAAUCCUCUAGCAUUCGAACGGUUGAGCUUUUUACAUCAAGCCUCCAUAUUAAUGUCCACCAUUCAGUACAAAACAAACUCUCAUUCUCGUCAAAAACUACCAGAAGCAGAGCGAUUGUCGAAAAAGAAGGGGAAAAGAAGAAGAAAGGAAAAAGAAGUUAUUGUAGACAAAUGGGUAGGAGAUUCUGAAGGCACUUUAUUGCCAGUGGCUCGCUACUUAACUAGUAAUAUGAGACAAAUCACAGCACGCAUGGUGUUACGACUAGAUCCAAACGUAAAAAGAAUGGUCUGCAAACGAUGUGAGACCCCACUGAUACCCAUAAUUACCUCUUCCACACGCAUACAAUCCAAGCCAGUAACAACAACCGUUCAAACCUGCAAAAUAUGUACUGCCAAGCGAAGAUAUACCUCACAAAAACCAGACUAUGUAUUAUUCAAUGACAAAAAUGAUAUUGCAAAUCAUUCAGAAGAAGCUGAUGAAAAAAAUACUACAACUAACAAUGAUAAUGACAAACAUAUGGGAGAUACACACGUGGACGACAAGAUGGAAAUUUGUAGAUGUCAACCAUAA